UCAGAGAAAAAGAAAGUUGAAUAGGGAAGCUAGUAAGCAAAGCAAAGCAUCAUGGUAUGCUUCUGUUUCUUGGUGGACCAAACGCGGAAAGUACGGAGGAGCAAACCGGCGGCGGGAAUAUGCAGCCGGUGCGGCGGUGGAGCUAGCGUGGCCGACAUGAAAACCGCCACCAGAUUCUGCUGUGUUCCAUUUUACUGCAAGUCUUGGAGAGCCAUUAUCUGCACUUUUUGCGGUGCUGUUCUUCGCUCCUACCAUUAGUCCCACCACCCACCAUCAUCGUCAUCCAAUCGUGAAAUGCAAUUCCACUUCUUUCUGUUCUUUACAACAUACAUUGAGAUGAAUUUGAAUAGAAGUUCACCAUGAACUUCACCAACUAUGAGUAGUUAGUUGUCUAAUUUAAUUU